AUGGAUCCUGUGGUGUCACGAGAGAUGCUCUCAACUGUUCCGGUCACCUCGCAAACAUCUCCAUCAUUAUCCGCCUAUCAGUGUCAGGAGUGCAUAUUGUAUGGUAGUGUAUUGAAAGAAUACGAAACACAACUGCUUCAACGAUUGCGUGGAUUAUGCGAUCCAGGCCAGACGGAGUUCCAUGAACACGAGAUGACUUUCAGUUUGAAAACUGGACAAGAUCCAGACGUUACGGUACGUCUGCGGAGGAAAUUUGGUACAUCUGAUGCAAGAAAUUUGUUGUGGCAUUUUCGAUAUAUCAGUGCUCCGGAGGCAGAUAUAUCGUGUCCAACAAUCGUACGAAAAUCGAUCGAUUCACUCAUCUAUUCGCAUGAUAUGAUGGAAUUCGUUAAAACCCUUGGACUGAGGAUGGAUUAUGAAUAUAUAACCAAGGGAUAUUUGUUCACGAAGAGCAAUAUUAAGAUAGUCAUUGGCGAUAUAACGCGCACCGAAAAAACUGGUACAUAUAAUCCGGAUCUAUUGAAACCUUUAUCCGAUUCACUGCUCAUUGAGAUGAGUGUGGCGCAGCCCGACUCCAAAGAAUACAUCACUAAUGCGAAAAUGUUACGUGAUUUUGCUGAUCAGCUGCUACCAAUUUGUGAUAUGCAAAAGGUAGAAUAUUGGCGAAGGUGA